AUGUUUUUCAUUGUUCCAGAACCAAAACCCCAAAAUUCGGUUCCCACUCCUCACCCAGAAGACUCAUCCCAAUCACCGCACUCUCAAAAGAGACAGCAUUUAUCACCGGAAGAAGAGGAAUCCGCAGGAUACUAUCCCAAGCGGACACUAAAAGCCUGUGACCGCUGUCGACUAAAGAAAGCUCGUUGCUCGGGUGGGAAAAUAUGUGAAAAGUGCAAACGCGAUGGUGUUAUUUGCACAUUCAAUCGAGAAUCAAAGAGGGAGCCUAAACCACCCAAUGCGGCAUACGUACAGCUUGUGGAGUCACAGAGGGAUUCCUUACUUCGGGCGUUGAGUAAAAUAUUUCAGACCGGAGUCUCAAACGAUCCCACAGCAAUCGCUAAGAUAUUUCAAGAAGUUGGAAUCAGGGUUGAAGAUCUCAAGAGGGCUCCAAAACAGAGACCAUCAGAUGAUGUCCCCGAGGAACUUGAAGAUGCGGACAUAUAUCAGAACGUUGCCGAAAUUAAGGCACUGCUAGAUGAGUGGAAUGCAGCAGCCACGAAGCCUGAACUCAACCUAAACCCAACGAACCCAGGGCUACAAGACAUCAAAUUUCAACCAGACAACCAGUCCAAGGCUCCGUUACUGCAAACAUAUUUCAACUCUCCACCUGGAAACGACAUGCCACCAGAUUUUUCUGCUGCACCAUCGGCAUUUCCAGCAGAAGCUCUCUCCUCAUUUGAUAUGCUAUAUCUGUCAUCGACAAAUUCCGAAGACUGGCCUGCAGGGAAUUCAUCCACCGAAAAUUGGUCGUUACCUAACGUCGACUUCAUGGAAGGACGGCCAUCGAACAUAACAGGGACAUAUUCGGCUUCAUGA